AUGGGAGUGGAUUACUACAAGGUGCUGAAGGUGGCCAAGAGUGCGACGGAGGAUGACCUGAAGAAGUCGUACCGGCGGCUGGCGAUGAGAUGGCAUCCGGACAAGAAUCUGGUGAACAAGAAGGAGGCGGAGGCGAAAUUCAAGCAGGUCUCCGAGGCCUACGACGUGCUGAGCGAUCCCCAGAAGCGGCGGAUCUAUGAUCUCUACGGGGAGGAAGGUCUGAAGACGUUCGAUUUCCCUCCGCCCGACGACGUCCCAUCCGGGGAUUCGAAAUUCAGGUUCAAUCCCCGCGAUGCGGAGGACAUAUUCGCGGAAUUCUUCGGUGGAUCUGGCGGCGCAGGCGGCGGCGGGGUUGGUGGAUGCGGCGGCGGCGGGAGUGGGAGGAGUCAUCAUCAUCAUAAUCAUAAUAAUCGGAGGAAUGGGGAGACCCCAGGGAAUCAUCAUCAUCAGGGGAAUAAGAAAGCUCCGGCGAUUGAGAGCAAGUUGGCUUGUAGCUUGGAGGAUCUUUACAAAGGGGCAAGACGAAAAAUGAAGAUUUCCCGCAACGUUCCUGAUGAAUUCGGCAAGCCAAAGGCUGUGGAGGAGAUCCUAAAGAUAGAUAUCAAACCCGGGUGGAAGAAAGGAACAAAGAUCACAUUCCCUGAGAAAGGUAAUCAGGAGCCUGGUGUUGGUGCAGCUGAUCUAAUAUUCGUGGUGGAUGAGAAGCCACAUGCUCUGUUCAAGCGGGAUGGGAACGAUCUUGUGGUUCAUCAAAAGAUAACCCUGCUAGAAGCUCUCACUGGAAAGACUGUUGUGUUGACAACCUUGGAUGGGAGAUUCCUCACGGUUCCGGUGAAUGAGGUCAUCAAACCGGGCCAUGAAGUUGUGAUUGAGAAUGAAGGAAUGCCCAUCUCUAAAGAGCCUAACAAUAAAGGGAACCUAAGAAUCAAGUUCGAUGUCAAGUUCCCAGCAAGAUUGACAGCAGAACAGAAGUCCGAUCUAAAACGGGUACUGGGUGGUGGUCCGUGA